AUGGGAAGGCCGAGUGAAGUGGCGGUUUAUUCAUCCAUUGCCCUCUUGCAAGAGAGGUUCAGACACUUGCAGAGAGCCAAGGAAAUGAGGCGGGAGAGAGAGGUUCUGUGGCUUCUGUCCAAAGCAGAGCAUAUCAAUCAAGCCACACCUCAUCAGGCACCCCAAUCGUUUUUUGGUUCUGAAUUGAUCCUUCUGCCUAGACCACCUCUCCAAGGAUCUAUCUACACUCAAACUAGCAUGCAUGCUCAGCAUCAUCAGGUUAUUGAUACUUUGAGUUUGUCGAAUUUACAACCGAGAGAUUCCGUCGUGCAUCAUGCAUCCACCUUUAAUGAUUCAGAUGUUGACACUUCACUUCAUCUGUGA